GAUACGUUGUGGCGCAUAAUGUGAAACCCAGUCGAGCGCGGUCGGCCACACGGUAGCGUUGCUCUUACUCACUCGGUUCCGAAACAGUAAUAUAUAAUACGGCGGGGGGGAGGACUUGUUACCCGCAUUCCGGGUGGGAUACGCGAGCUACGUGCAACUGUGUCACACGGAAGAAAGGUGCUUCGUUGGCGAAUUUUACCAAGUGAAAUUUCUUCAUCCCUCUCUUUCGCGGCGAAAAUUGAAAAACGCCGAGCGUUAAAGAAAAGGAAUUAGAAUGGAAAAUUGAAUGUGAACGCGCGCUCUAAAUGCGGUCGCUUUAACGCGCCAAGAAACUUGCAGCGAGAAGAUAAAGAAAAAGAAGAACUCUGAAGAAAUUCUGCUGAGCGGACUGUAAGCAAAGUGAGUGACUCAUCCGGCGAAGGUUCGACUACAAGAAUGAGAUACUUCACAUGCUCGCUGGCACUGGGAGUGCUGGCUAUGGCAACCCUCGCCGCGAUCAAGAAUGACGCGUCGUCGAUCGACAAGGUCAGAGAGGCUUUGCUACACCUGGAGACGGAUCUCCGAAAAGAUCUGGCGAACGAACAGAAAUGGGCGCACGUCGAGGAUCGCGAGAAGUACCUGCAUCUUAUCAGGGCGUACAAAAGAUUCGGCAAUCAGGUGGACGAGCAAUUCCCACUGGAUCGGGAGGACUACCUGAACGCCUUGAACUCCAUGUGGCUCUGGGCCCGCGCGAAGAACGAGAUUAAGGGCAUCGUCGGCCUGUACGGGCUGUUCCGGCAGAUGCAGCGCGAGAUCGUCGAUCUGAAUGCACCGGUCAACGCGAAACAGCUGGCGAACUUCGCCGAGACGAUCCUGCGGGAUCCGAACGCCGCGAUCCCGUUGGCGCUCGACCGUAUCGCGACUCUGAUCGUCAACGAAAAGUUGUUCAUCGCGGCUUUUCAGGAAGCGUCGGACCAAAUGUGCAAUGAGAUGCAAUCGCCGCAGCAACUGCUGUACAAUUUGUAUAAUGCCGUGGCGCUGACGGAGAUCAAGGGUUACACUAUGAUUCAAUUCUCAUAUAUGCUAUUACGUCUGUACAACGAAGGCGAUAACUUUAGCGAGGAGAUACAGACGCUGAAGCAUCAAUACGCGAUACGAACGUCCGAGACGUUGAGAGCCGUGAAAACCGCAAUGGCAUUCGCCCCGAGAAGUCUUUGGCGAUGCGAUCCGGGUGUGCACAAGUUAGAUGAAACCUAUACCGAAUUGACGGAACUAUUCCAAGGAUAUAUUGUAAACGAAGUGGAUUUAAACGGUGACGGUACAUGCAAGGAGAACUGUGGUUAUUAUGGAUACAGUAGGGUGCACGGUUGCUUCGCUAAUCAGUUUUGCUCGACACAACGUCAAUGUACUGGCAAGAUAUUGCAGUGCGAGUACAUUGAUUCUGACAUGUGGAUCUGCCCCACGGCAAACAAAAGCCAUAGUAGGCGGUACGAAUAUAUCGAGUAUGAAAAUGGUCUUCAUUAUGGAAAUGCAAAGACGUGUCCUAGUCAAACAAUUAAAGUCGACAGCUGGUGGCGGUGGCUUUUCUGGCAUUGCAGCUAUUGCUUUUGCUAUUGCGACGAUCAAAAUUCGAGUACCCAUCGAUAUUUCAGUCUCCGAUCCGUGAUGUCUGACAUCUCGAACAACCGCGUCAUAACAGGAGUAAGAUUGAAGAUGAUAAACCGAAUUAUUCAUAUACAAAUCCAAGAGGGUCAGCUACUUCCAAGUGGGGAGAUUAAUACAGCCACGAUCCAAUGGCAACCGAUCGAUGCCUUUUCAAUCAAGGAUCCCGACAUUAAACCUGACGUUGACUACCAUACAAUGACAUGGGAAAAACGCGCUUUGGAUCUCGAUGAUCUGUCAAUGAAAGAUCAUCUGUUGACAGGCCUUCGAUUCCGAAUGGUUGGCAGCCGUUUAAAUUUGGAAAUAAGGGUGACUCCGUUCAACUUUACAUCCGGAUCUAUGAUUCAACCUGAGGAAAAGAGCUUCUGGCACAGCAAUGACGUUACUAGCAGAACCGAGCUGAAAUACAACGAACCCGACGUACCGAUUCGCAGUUCCCUGCCGAACGUACCGGAUUCCGGGGAAAAUCAAUACUUGAACUUCGCGCCGAGCGAUCGACGGAAGGACGCCGCGCAGAGCACAAUUCCCUUCCUCGACGUUCAACCGCUCACUCCGAAUCCGCCGGUGCCGCUCUCGGGCGCCGGUAUCUUUCACAAGGGCCGAACGGGCUCGGGCGGAUUCGUCGCCCUAAAACUGAUCACCUACGACUACGCGCCGCAUCUGCAAGCCGAUCUGCCACCAGCACCGCCGGUCCUCGGGACGGCCCCGAACGAGAUAAAAGCCGCGUAGAAUCCUUUAUACCUUUCAAUACUUUAUAGAAAUUACCGAUUAAAGAACCUGUGAUUUUCCGAGGACCUCAAUAUACGUAUCGAGGUAAAAGCAAAGAUGUGUAUCGAGUUCUUGCAUACGAAAUGUUGACCUACAAAUGUUUCAGCUUUAAAGAAAAACCGAAAUUUUUUAAUAAAGCACGAAGCGAGAAAAAUAGACGUUGGAACAUUCGGUGUACGAAACAUAAAAGUAUGUUCUUUAUCUUUAACCCCUUCCCAUUUUUAGAUUCUGUUCACAUUCAAUCAAAAUUGCGAUUACGAGAGAGAUUUCUAAUUUCGAAAAACGUGGAAAAUAUAAUCUUUUUCAACUA